UGCCUUACGUCCAGUACCAAUGUUCUCACUGUCUCAGAGCAGUGCCACUGAUCCUGCAUGUCACCCCAAGUCAGUGAAGGGCUCUGCAAUUAGCUAAAGGGCAGCCAAGUUGAUAUGGUAGAUGACGUGAUCUCACACGAUCCAUGAUGCCAAACAAUGGUAUGAUGAAGGUAGCACCAUCGAAUAUGUACGGGGUAUCACGUUCGCAGCCUACUCAGAUAGACGAUGAAUGUCUACAUUAACCACUGGAGCGCAGUCACACAGUGGUGAUGGAAUACCGGGAACAGCAACCACAAUGAUAAUGCGGCAGCCGACGAUGAGAACAAUGUAUGUGGAAUCUGUCGAAUCCCAUAUGAGGGGUGUUGCCCAGCGUGUAAAAUGUCCGGAAACGAUUGUCCGCUCAAUACGUGGUCGCCCACGCGGGGUUCUGGUAUUGAAAGGGGACAGUGCAGCCACGUCUUUUACAUGCACUGUCUGCCCAAAUGGCUAGGAACGCCUGCGUCGAAUCAACAAACUCCGAUAGACCGUUCAUCUUUGGGUUUAUCUCCUUAGAACCUUGCUGACUGCCAAGCUUCAGCAGACCAUCAUCCCCGGAUAUGACCCUAACGUCUCCAAUUCCUUCAGCAUGAUGGAAUAGCUGACGAUGGUGCCCAAAUCCUUUCCCCGAUCUGCCUCCACAAUGACCAGAUCACCCAACCGAAUGUUGGGACUGGGGUCCGUUAGGUGGGAAAGAUAGGUACGACCAGCUUUGAAUUCGCUGGGACUGAUGAUGGCGGAACGCCUCUAUCGUGAGGCCAGAUCUGGAUUGAGAUCGUCGUCGGAGAGUAUCAAGCCACCACAGCCGAAGAGACCGUGGAACACACUUGAACAAGCUGCUGCGACUGACUCGUCCUGGGUGUCGUGGCCAAGGGCGUUGAACCCAACGAUGGUGGCCCGCCUGGGUGGACGGCACUCACGCUGUGACG